CUGUGAGCGGCUCCUUAAACAAGUCAAAAAGGUCAAUUUUUUUUAUUUUUUUUAUAUCUGUGUUUCCUUCUUCUCAUCAUCAUUUGAAUCUGCACACAUGAAGUCUGUUACCUGUACCGCUCCCGUGAACAUUGCUGUCAUCAAGUAUUGGGGAAAGAGAGAUACUGAACUCAUCUUACCUACCAACAGUUCCAUUUCCGUCACCUUAUCUCAAGACAUUCUUCACAGUAAGACCACCAUUUCUGCCAGUCAAGACUUUACCCAUGAUCGUCUUUGGUUAAAUGGAAAGGAAGAGGAUAUCACCAAGAACAAGCGUAUGCACAACUGUUUCCGUGAAACUCGUGCCAUUCGUAAGUCCAUGGAAGACAAGGCCGAAGCAUCUGGUUCUCCCAUUGAAAAACUCUCCAGCUAUCCUGUCCAUGUCUGUUCCGAGAACAACUUUCCUACUGCUGCUGGUCUUGCUUCUUCUGCCUCUGGUUUAGCUGCUUUGGUCUAUACUUUAUCUCAAUUGUUUGAAUUGACCAUUUCUACCUCCGAGGUCUCACGUAUUGCCCGUCAAGGUUCUGGUUCUGCCUGUCGUUCUCUCUUUGGUGGAUUCGUUGCUUGGGAAAUGGGUAAGGAAAAGGAUGGAUCUGAUUCUUUGGCUGUUCAAAUUGCUCCCGAGACUCACUGGCCUGAACUCGAGGCUUUGAUCUGUGUGGUAUCUGAUGCCAAGAAGGGAACUUCUUCUACUGCUGGUAUGCAAAGCACCAUUAAGACCAGUCCCUUAAUGAACGAACGUAUCAAUCAAGUUGUUCCUGCUCGUAUGGAAGCCAUGACUAAGGCCAUUCUUGAGAAGGAUUUCCAAUCAUUUGCCGAAUUAACCAUGCGUGAUUCCAACCAAUUCCAUGCUGUUUGUCUCGAUACCUAUCCUCCUAUUUUCUACUUGAACGAUACAUCGCGUGCUAUUAUGCAAUUAAUCCAUGAAUACAACGCUACAUCAGAGGAUGGUAAGUUAAAGGCCGCAUACACUUAUGAUGCUGGACCCAACGCUGUCAUUUAUGCUCCCAAGGCACAUAUGGCUGAAAUCAUUCAAUUGAUUGGUCAUUAUUUCCCUUCCAACAAGGAACCCAGUGCUUUCUUUGCUGAUCCCUAUCAAGUGGUAGAAGGUACAUUGGGUCAAGAUUUCAUUCCCAAGACACAUGCUUCUUUCAAUGAAAAGGUGAUUCCUGUGCAACCCGAAGGUAGCGUGAGUCGUUUGUUGCAUACCAAGGUCGAUGAUGGACCUCGUGUUUUAGCUCAAGCUGAAUCUCUCUUAAAAGAAGACGGUCUUCCCAAGCGUCUUGCAUAAAACUAUUACUCUCAUAUAAAUAAUAAAUCUACAAAGUAAAUCUCAUUGUCACAGAAAAAAAUCUCACAUUGUGACGCGCUGUAAUGCAAAAUAAAAAAAAUAAAAUAGAUAUAAAAAUCUC